CGAAGUCCACUUACACCUUUUCCUCGAUGUCACGCAAUCCUUAAUUCCCCCUCCUUUUUUUCAUUAAUUAAUUAAUUACUACUAAGUAAGUAAUUAAUUAAUUCACUCACUCCCCUCCGAGAUCCCAUCUCCCCCAGUUGGCCAAUUCCCUCGUCUCCUCCGUUCGCGCUUCUCCCUCACACACACGCACUCUCUCUCUCUCUCUCUCUCUCUCUCUCUCUUCCUCUUCAGUUACUACCCAACUCCUCACUACGGGGAGGAGGAAGAAGAAGCUGAAGAAGAAGCAGAAGAAGAAGAAGCAGCAGCAGCUACGAGAGAUCCGUGCUCAAUUGGCCUCUCUCUCUCUCUCUCUACCACCUACAAACCAUAGAAAACCAAUGCAAAGAUGCGAUUUUGAUCCCCACGCACAUCGCUAAACCCUCGGAUCCACCCUCAAAAUCCCAUCUUUAAUUACCACCAUGGGCCGCGGCACCUCUCCUCCUCCUCCGGCGCCGCCGCCGCCGCACCCGCACCCGCACCCGGAGCUCCCCCCCAUGAACGCGCUCGAGAUCCUGCGCGAGACGGUGCGCAUCCUCCGCGCCGACCCCUCCCCGUUCAUGUCGAUCCUCGCCCUCCUCCUCUGCCCCGUCUCCGCCGCGCUCCUCCUCUCCAACGCCCUCCCCGGCGCCGCCGCCUCCGCCGCCCGCGCCCUCGCCCGCCGCCUCGCCCUCCUCGCCGUCUCCAGCGGCCUCCCCCCCGCCCACCUCCUCCGGCAGCUCUCCCUCCACCUCGCCGGCUCCCUCGUCUCCGCCGCCGUCUGCUUCCCCUUCCUCCUCACCCUCCUCCUCCUCGCCCGCGCCGCCAUCGCCUACUCCGUCGCCUGCUCCUACGCCGCCAAGCACGUCGUCCCCUCCCAGUUCCUCUCCUCCGUCGUCCCCCGCAUCUGGCGCCGCCUCCUCUACACCUACCUCUGCGUCUGCGUCGCCGUCUCCGCCUGCCUCGCCCUCUUCCUCGCCCUCCUCCUCCUCGUCUGCAACCUGUUCGCCGUAAUGCUCUACCCGCCGGAGAUCAUCGUCUACCCUGCGCUGCUCACCGUAUUGGCCUUCUCCAUGGCCUACGCCCACACAAUCAUCAUAUGCAAUCUCGCCACCGUGAUCUCGGUGCUCGAAGAGGUUUCCGGGCCCCAGGCCGUGCUCCGGUCGGUCCGCCUGAUAAAGGGGCAGACGCAGGCGGGGCUGCUCAUAUUUCUCGGGUCCACGAUCGGAUUGGCGUUCGUGGAGGGCCUGUUCGAGCACAGGGUGAAGACGCUGAGCUACGGGGACGGGUCUUCGAGGCUGUGGGAGGGGCCGCUCCUCGUUCUCAUGUACUCGUUUGUGAUGCUCGUGGAUUCGAUGAUGAGCGCGGUGUUCUACUUCACUUGUCGAUCGUCGAGCAUUGAGUUGUUGGGCGAGAAUGAUACCGUGGCCGACGAAGAGGCGAUUUUGAUUGAAUUGGAGGAGAAUAAAUAGUGCCGUAGAGGAUACGAUUGCCGAACAUAUUGCGGCUCAAAGAUUAUGUGGCUUUCGAGAUCAUUUCCGACCCCGUAAUUUGAGGUGGAUGGGAGAGUUGAAUUGCGAGAAUUUUUCGGUGAAAUUUCGGAAAGGUAUUCCAGUUGUUGUAGAUCUACUAAUACUGUACAAGAUCUCUGAUUCAAUUUUCUCCUAGUUUUAGCAAGGAAUGUGCUAGGAGAGGUUAUAGUACGAGUAGUUCAUUGCAAAUAUGCAAUUACCAGAGAAAUUAUGAAUGGAGGCAUAUUCUUUGUAGGCAGUUUCUUGGCCUGAUGCCGAUUCGAAAUUUUACGUGUUCUAUCUUCAAACACUUCUAGCAGAGGCAGUUCUCAGUGGCUGUGAAUGCUAAUUCAGCGUCGACAGAAUAAUUCGCCUCCACACGGUUUCUUCCGAUAAUUUUGCGUUCAGAAAUCGGUCAUAAAGAUCUGGUAUGUACUUUGUCUUUGCAAAAGAUUGAUUGCUACUUGUGCAGGAAAUAUAUUGUGGAUGCAUUUUUUUUUUUAUUUUCUCAUAAUAUAUAUGAUGGCUCAACAUUUAUGCCUACUUUUUGUGAUCUUGCUUAAGCUUUGUUUGGUUACUAUUGAACUCUCCUUUGCAAUUAUGUAACUUACGAGUUUCAUUUUCUCA